AUGUCGCAACAACCUUAUCAACAGCAAAAAAAAUCGGUGCGACAACAGCAGUCUCGACACCGCUACACGUUUCCAUCCACGAUUGUAUCAGGUUUGCUGAAUGGCCUACAAAACGUCUUUCAAGCAAGAAAACAGUCUCGAAAAGACCAAUCAUCGCUCAGUCUUUCACAAUCACCCACUGAUAUGUUUACCGACGGUGGUCCGCAACAAAUACUAGUCAAUUCCGUUCUGCCUGACUAUGAACAAUUGCUGACAGGUACGAUUCAGCAACCGAAUUUGAAUGGCGCUUUUCAACAACAGAAACCGAACGGAGUCGUUAUGCCGAUGCAAUCUGAACAUGAACUGAGCCGACAAAACUCGGUUCAAAACAUUUGUGGAAUUUUUCCGAUCGAGCCAUCGGAGCAUGCCCAAUCACAGGUCUAUCCACCAACGGAGAUUAUUCCACGUCUGUCUCUGUCGCAAGCAAACAUGCAGCAAGCGUUUCUACUAGAACACAACGUUGGUCAAUCGGGGAAUGGUUCUUCACAUCAUUUUUCUCAGAUGGAAAUUUAUGAACCUGUGCAAUCUCAA